AACGUUGUAGUAAGUUCACGUGUCUAACUUCUGAGCACACCUGAGGUAUGGCUAACCAUAUGGGUAGAUUACAGAACCUAUAUAUACCGGAAGUUAAAAAAAAUUGGUAUCGAGUUGACAAGAGCCGUUUGGACCCCGAUCUGAAGUCAAAAUUUGUUCAGCUAAACGCCGACGAGGAGACCAAAGAGUUCCUCUCGUCGUCCAUAGAGAAGUCUACGUGGGUUUGGACCCAGCUGUGGUAUCUACUAGCGAAAGCGGUGCUGAAACACUUCUGGUCUGUCACCGACAUCAAUGGAUGGCUCGGGCGGGGUUCGAUGUUUGUGCUGUCGGAGGAGCAGGCACGCACACUCCUGCGGCCCGCCAGGUCUACCAAUGAAGGCACCGGCGCCAUAGUUGACAUAGGGGCGGGCGACGGCGAGGUCAGUCGCAGACUAGCCGGGCUCUACGCUGACAGAUACGCCACAGAAAUCUCAGCGAGCAUGCGAAAAGCACUCGGGAGCAAAGGAUACUCAUUAUUAGAUACAGACGAUUGGUGGCGCGAAAAACAGUUCGAUUGCGUCUGCAUGAUGAACCUCCUCGACCGCUGCAGUAAACCGAAGACUAUGCUGAAGCAAGCGAAGACCGCCAUAGCGCCGGUGACACCGGACCAUAAACCAGAGGAGCGUCUACCGAUCCAGGGGGCCACAUUCGAGGAGCAGCUCAGUUCGUUCGCAGCGUUCAUGGCGACAGCUGGAUUCCAACUGCGCACGUGGUCACGCGUCCCGUACCUAUGCGAGGGAGAUUUCGCGCAGGCAUACUACUGGCUGGACGAUUCUGUAUAUGUGUUCACGCCGACAGCUAUCGAAGCUGAUGUGUAGAUGGAAAGUGCUCUACAUUAUUUAUUUAGUUAUGACCUUAUCAAAGACAAUACCGAAAAGAUUAUAUGUGUUUUUGUUUUAAAAAAAACGACCGUGUGAGUAUUUAUUAAAACUU